AACUACAGAAACCGCUCAGUAGCAUUGUUUGAAAUCGUGCGUGAUAGAGGAUUUUACAUCUACGAGUUUCAGUGCUGGGAAAAGCGAUAUUGUAUACUGAUUCAAUGUUAUUGUUGUUGUUUUAAUGUGCGGAAUACAACGCCUAGAGAGCGUGUUUGUAUGAAGUGAAAGUGUUUUGGUUUUCGUACUGCUGAUGUGAAGGGGUUAACGUAAAGUUUCGCUCUUUACGUUUGCAUCUCGUGCGUAUAGUUUAAAGGCUUUAUUACAACAUAACUGCAGUCACUCUCGUCCUGUAAACCUUAUAUUGUGUGGACAUGCGGCACAAUAAAUCAGCACAUAAGCGAAAGCCAUCGACCCCCAGGCGCAGAUCUCCUCCUGCUACACCAGCAGCACCCGCCACAUCCAGAUCCAGAACCCGACGCACCAGUGGACCAUCUGAGGCAUCCCCACGCAAGAAGCACAGGUUUCGACCUGGGACGCGAGCUCUCAUGGAGAUACGCAAAUAUCAGAAAUCCACAGAUCUGUUGUUGCGCAAGGGCCCGUUUUCACGACUGGUACGUGAGGUGUGUCAGACAUUUAGCCGGGAGAACUUAAUGUGGCAGGGCUAUGCACUAAUGGCUUUACAAGAGGCUGCAGAGGCGUUCAUGGUCCGUUUGUUCUCUGAUGCCAAUCUCUGUGCUAUUCAUGCCAAGAGGGUGACAUUGUUUCCACGUGAUAUACAGCUUGCCCGUCGAAUCAGAGGUGUUGAAAACAUGUGAAGUUAUAUUUUCUUCUUUUUUUAGACUGGAUAAAGUGUAUGGACAUGUUUUAAAUUUCCAGUACUUUUCAGACCUGUAGAAAUGUUCAGAAAUGUUCAAACAAUUAAAAUAGGCAUUUAAGAAAGCUACAUGUAUAUCUGAAACAUGGACACAUUUUAAAUGGUUUUAUUGUAAUGUAUAAAAAAAUCAGUGUUGUAAAGUUAUGUUUGUUGUUAAUAAACAGUUUUUUUGUA